ACAACACCAAUAUGGUAUCGACUUGGUUGCAACUGGGAGCGAAAUGUGAUUUUCUCUGAGCUCCUGUAAUUGUGCUCGAGACUUAAGAGAGGCUCCUUUCCACAGAGGUUGGAAGAAUGUCUCUGUUCAAAGCUCGAGACUGGUGGUCAGUUGUGCUGGGAGAAGGAGAGGAGUUUGAUCAAGGCUGCCUGUGUGUGGGUGAUGUGGACAACAGUGGUUCUGGACAUGAUAAAAUUGUGGUGGGCAGCUACAUGGGGCUGUUAAGGAUCUACGGGCCACGUGCAUCCAGCCCUGGGAGUGGUGCCCUGGCUGAGGACCAGCUGCUUGAGGUGCAGCUCCGGGACCCCAUCAUCCAGUUGGAAGUUGGAAAGUUUGUCUCGUGUUCGGACCUGCUCCACCUGGCCGUACUGCACCCCAGGAAACUGUCUGUCUACGCUGUCACAGCCACUGCAGGUAAUGUGGAGCAUGGCAUCCAGUACCAGCUGAGGCUCGUGUACGAGCACAACUUGCAGAGGACCGCCUGCAACAUGACCUAUGGUCCCUUUGGUGGCGUCACAGGUCACCACUUCAUCUGCAUCCAAUCCAUGGAUGGCAUGCUGAUGUUCUUCGAACAGGAGAGCUAUGCUUUCGGCCGCUUCCUGCCCGGCUUCCUGCUUCCCGGCCCACUGUGCUACUGUGGCCGCACCGACACCUUCAUCACGGUUUCCUCCGCCCGCCAGGUGGAAAGCUACAAAUAUGAGGUGUUAGCAGUCGCCACGGACGCAGAUGAAGAACAUGAGAGGAAGACCUCAGGGAAGAGGCUGACGGCCGAUUGGACUUUGGUUAUUGGGGAACAGGCUCUGGACAUUGUCGUUCCCACGUUUACAUCCACAUCCUCCAUCUUCGUGCUUGGGGAGAGGAAUGUGUAUUGUCUCAAGGACAACGGACAAAUCCGCUUCAUGAAGAAGCUGGAGUACAACCCAAGCUGCUUCCUCCCAUAUGCCUCAGUGUCUGAGGGGACCACAAACCUUCUCAUGGGGAACCACAACAGCACGUUGCUAGUGUACCAGGACGUGACGCUGAAGUGGGCUGCCCAACUCUCCUGUGUGCCAGUUGCGGUGCGUGUGGCCAACUUCCAGGAUCUGAAAGGUGUGGUAGUGACACUGAGUGGUGACGGCCACCUGCAGUGCUCCUACAUGGGUACCGACCCCUCCUUCUUCAUGGCACCCAGGGUGGACGCACGGGAAAUCAACUAUGAGGAGGUGGAUGCCGAGAUGAAAGCACUGCAGAAGAUCAUCAAGGAGGCCGUCAGGACUCAGGCAGAUAACUUCCUUAAAACGAGCCUGGAGGAGGACCUGACAGUAACAGCUACGGUCUCUUCGGCUGUGGACACAGUGUCUCGUUCUUUGCUUGGGGAGAUUGCUGGAAAUCCGGUGCCCUCUGUCACAGUGAAGAUCCAGGUGAAGAGCCGUUUGACAGUGCAGAGUCCCAAGUUAAAUGUCUGCGUACAGCCUCCGCUUGCCGUCACUCAGGAGCAGUUUGUAUUGGACUCUAUGGGGCCAGGCUCCACCAGCUUUGUGAUGUUUUCCGUCUUCCUGAAUGAGAAGUACUCACCCGCGGACCUGGGAGGAGAUGUGACAGUGUCCUACAGCACUCCGACAGAACUGAACCCUACAGGUGUGCCACGCGUGGCCCAAUGUAAAUUCACCCUGCCGCUGCGGCUCGUCUGCCUCCCCUCAGCUCCCAGCAAAAACUCCAAAUACAAGAUUACCAUCGACACCAACAAGCCACCGGUCAGCCUCGGUGACAUCUUCCCAGAAUUUGUGGAAAAGUCUGAGGAAAAGGAGGGAAACGUUCUGGCUUUUCAGCUCAUCGCUGGCUCUACAGUCACCGUGCAGGCCUCCAAAACAUCUCAGCGCUACAGGAUCCAGAGUGACACCUUUGAGGACAUGUGGUUGGUGACCAAGGAGCUGCUGCAGCGUUUUGAUACCUUCUUCGCAAAACAAGGAGUCAAAGACUUCCGCAACAGCUUUGCAGGACCCAUCCCCCUGCAGGAGUAUUUUGAGACAGUAGACCACCACUUCGAGCUGCGGGUGAAUGCCGAGAAGUACCAGGACCUGCUGUCAGAGAGGGCAGUGCAGUUUCGGGCCAUCCAGCGCCGGCUACUUACGCGCUUCAAGGACAAGACCCCGGCUCCCCUGCAGAACCUUGACACCUUGAUGGAGGGCACCUACAGACAGGUGAUCGCCUUGGCAGAUGCGGCAGAGGAGAACCGGGCCUUGUUGUGCCAGGCAUUUGCCCGCCUACGCAGUGCCACCCACCUGCUCAUCACCCUGUUGUCACUGUGGCAGGGCCUGAGUGCUGACCAGACGUCCAUUCUGGAGGCGACGCUGCUACCCCUGCUGCAGGACACCCCGCAGCUGGGUUGGGAGGAGUGUGUGGAUGCAGCUGUGUCCCACCUGCUGCGCACCUGCCUGUCGCGCAGCCCCAAAGACCAGGCCUUGAGCCUGAGCACCAGCCAGCUGAGCAUGCCCAAGGAUACGGCCCGGCUCAAAAAGCACAUCACCCUGCUGUGUGACCGGCUGGGCAAAGGGGGCCGACUCUCCCUCUCUUCUGAAGCCAACGUUCAAACGCCUGUCGUCAUGCCGGGGGGCUGUGAACCCAUUCCUGAGGUGGAGCUGGAAGAGCCUCCCCUGCAGCAGGAAUCAUCUGCCAAGUUCAUCAAGAAGAGGCAGCCAUCCAAGAGGACCAAGGGCAAGACAGAUGAGGCCGCGAAGGAGUCCGGGAAACCUUCGGCAAAGGAGUCCGGGAAGGACGCUUCUAAGGAGUCCGGGAAAGAGAAGGAUCCCGAGAAAACAAAGAGCUCCAAGAAGGCCUCCGUCAGAGCGAAGGAGAAGAAGAAGGAACCCGAGGCAGGAGACGCGCGACGCGCCUCCGGCUCGGAGAACUAACGUUUCCCCACAGUCCGAAAACGCGCGCGGGCCGCGACAGGGACGCGACGAUAGUCCAUUUUUGUAGACUCGUUUGUUAUUUAUAUAUGUCGGAGCCGUGACGACCCCGGCAGAUCUCAGAAUGAGCAUUUCU